AUGGCCGAGGAGUUCGUUUGGGACGAAGCAGCGGACGCAGCGCAGCCAGGCGGGCGUCGGGACCCACGCGGCUUUGGAUUCGGCGAGCGACCUUGCUUUGAAGCUGAUCACCCGCUCAAGGUGAUCACGACGUGCCCACCCGGUCUAGAUUUUGAGUUCUGCAGCAAAUGCAAUUUUAAAGGAAAAGGACCCGCCUGUCCUUCUCCGGCAGUUCGUUUGGCCCAGGCCUUCGAUCUGCUGAAAGUUUCCGAUCUAGGGGGAUGUCCAGGCUGCCGGCGGAGCAGAGCCGAUAACCCUCCCUUCCGGCGCGUUCCCCUGAGACUUGGCCUCCGCAACCUGUCCUGCCAGCCGCGGAGCAAAGUGCUCUGCCGCCCGCGCGAGUGCGCCCCGGGGCCUCGCAGCUGCCGGGCGUCCCCGCCAUCCACCCCGGGCCCCGCGCCAUCACCGCGGCGAGGGAAGAAGCUCGGAGGCACCAUCCCGGGGCUCUGCGCCGUCCGCUCUCCGGGAUCCUGGCGGCUCACGGACAAAGCUGCCCCUCGCCCCCCCUUCCUCCCAUACCGGCCCCCUCCCCUGCUCUGGCCGCCCGCUGCGAUCCUUUGGGGGCUGUGGCUAAGUGGGGAACCGCCGACCCGCGAUCCGAAACGCGCCUUUGCGGCCGCCGGGCGCAUCCUGUGGCCUCUUGCGCGGCCACCGGGACGCGGCGCGAAGCGGUCUGGAGGGCGAGUCCUUCUGCGGUCCCACCUCUCCCGCCCCGUCCCUGACACUGGGAACCAGAGCGGGGAGGGGCGGGUGUUUCUCUGUGGGGGAGUAGGGAAGAAGCUAGGCGGCCAUGGUCGCGCGGACACGAUCACCGGCUUCACAGACCAGGCGACCCAAGACGAAUCUGCAGCCGAAACAGGCCAGAGCUUCCUGUUCGACGUGUCCAGCCUUAACGACGCAGACGAGGUGGUGGGUGCAGAGCUGCGCGUGCUGCGCCGGGGAUCUCCAGAGGCGGGCCCAGGCAGCUCGACUUCCCCGCCGCUGCUGCUGCUGUCCACGUGCCCAGGCGCCGCCCGAGCGCCACGCCUGCUGUACUCGCGGGCAGCUGAGCCCCUGGUCGGUCAGCGAUGGGAGGUGUUCGACGUGGCGGACGCCAUGAGGCGCCACCGUCGUGAACCGCGCCCCCCCCGCGCGUUCUGCCUCUUGCUUCGCGCAGUGACAGGCCCUGUGCGGAGCCCUUUGGCACUGCGGCGUUUGGGCUUCGGCUGGCCGGGCGGAGGGGGCUCUGCGCUAGAGGAGCGCGCGCUGCUAGUCGUCUCCUCCCGCACGCAGAGGAAGGAGAGCUUGUUCCGGGAGAUGCGCGCCCAGGCCCGCGCACUCGGGGCCGCUCUGGCGGCACAGCCGCCGCCAGACCCAGGAACCGGCACCGGGUCGCCAAGGGCAGUCACUGCGGGCCGCAGACGGAGGAGGACGGCUUUGGCCGGGACGCGGACAGCGCAAGGCAGCGGCGGGGGCGCGGGCCGGGGCCACGGACGCAGGGGCCGGAGCCGCUGCAGCCGUAAGCCGCUGCACGUGGACUUCAAGGAGCUCGGCUGGGACGACUGGAUCAUUGCGCCGCUAGACUACGAAGCGUACCACUGCGAGGGCGUUUGCGACUUCCCUCUGCGCUCGCACCUCGAGCCCACCAACCACGCAAUCAUUCAGACGCUGCUCAACUCCAUGGCGCCAGACGCGGCGCCGGCCUCCUGCUGUGUGCCCGCGCGCCUCAGCCCCAUCAGCAUCCUCUACAUUGACGCCGCCAACAAUGUUGUCUACAAGCAAUACGAGGACAUGGUGGUGGAGGCCUGCGGCUGCAGGUAGCGCGCGGGCCGGGGACGGGGCAGCCGCGCGGCCGAGGACCCCCAGCUGAUGAGCAGCA